UGGACGGGACGGACUUCGCUGUAAGUGACACACAUCCGUUCAGCUAAGGAAGAGAGGCAGGGGGGAAUCGUCUCACAGACUGAACCAAUGAAACUGGGGAAAUCGACAUAAUUACGUCAAUUCGAGGACGUACAUGUCUGUAAGAACAGGAGUGAUGCAUUUUUCAUAGAAAACCAUCGUUACCAUCUGACCCAUGAGGAAGACUGAACACCAAGAAAAUAUGAGGGCAGUGCUUGAGUGAGGUAUCAGAGAGUGCCAGUAAUGUGCCAUGGGGUACGACGUCACCAGGUUCCAAGGGGAGGUGGAUGAGGAUCUGCUUUGUCCCAUUUGCAGUGGAGUGCUGGAGGAGCCUGUGCAGGCCCCACAUUGUGAGCAUGCCUUCUGUAAUGCCUGCAUCACACAGUGGUUUGCACAGCAGCAGAUUUGCCCGGUGGACCGCACUGUGGUGACACUCGCCCACCUCCGACCGGUUCCCCGCAUCAUGCGAAACAUGCUGUCUAAGCUGCAGAUCUCAUGUGAUAACGCGGGUUUCGGCUGCACCGCUACACUGCGUCUCGACCAGCUGCAGUCGCACCUCAAAGACUGCGAACACAACCCCAAACGGCCCGUUACCUGCGAGGAGGGCUGCGGGCUAGAGAUGCCCAAAGACGAGAUGCCAAACCACAACUGCAUCAAACACCUACGAAGUGUUGUUCAGCAGCAGCAGACCAAGAUCGCAGAUCUGGAGAAGACUGCAGCUGAACACAAGCACCAGCUUGCUGAGCAGAAACGGGACAUCCAGCUCCUCAAGGCAUACAUGAGGGCUAUCCGAAGUGCAAACCCUAAUCUACAGAAUCUGGAGGAGAGCAUAGAAUACAAUGAGAUCUUGGAGUGGGUGAACUCCUUGCAGCCUGCCCGGGUGACCCGCUGGGGCGGCAUGAUCUCCACACCUGAUGCCGUCCUCCAGGCAGUGAUCAAACGUUCCCUCAUUGACAGCGGCUGCCCACUGUCCAUCAUCAAUGACCUCAUCGAAAAUGCACAUGAGCGCAACUGGCCACAGGGUCUGGCCACAUUGGAGACGAGGCAGAUGAAUCGCCGCUAUUAUGAGAACUAUGUGGCCAAACGCAUCCCAGGAAAGCAGGCGGUGGUAGUCAUGGCCUGUGAGAACCAGCACAUGGGUGAGGAUAUGAUCCUGGAGCCAGGAUUGGUGAUGAUCUUUGCCCAUGGAGUGGAGGAGAUCUUAUAGUGGGUACUACAGGAAUGCAAAGGGUUGAUGAAUUUGGGCAGUACUGACUAGAUAAAGGGGUUUUACUGUGAGUCAUUGUCCCCUCUAAAAAAUAAAUAAAUAAAUAAAUAAAUAAAAAUUCUAAUUCAGAUCCAGUGUCAAGGAAAUGCCUGGCAGUCUUUACCUCAUAUUUAAAAGAAGUAUACCAACACGGGAAGAAAAUAACAUAUAUGAAGGAACAGAAUCAACUACGAGCUGAGGAAGAGAGCCUCUAGCUGUCCUGUUCUUGUUGCCUUAAAAGGAACAUUUUCAAAAAGUGAGCCCUGAAGAAAAAGGAGAGCCUUCUCUGAAACAUAAUCAUUAUGAUAUAAUGGGGUUUUAUCAUGAACGCUGACAAAAUGGAUUGAAGUGAUUGUCUAUUUACCCCUUUGCCAUUCAAUGCUGUCUUUCCUGGACUGAUGAUAAAAAAUGUCCAGUCCAGAUCUUCUGUAAUGUAAAUGAUGUUCUUUGUAAAUAUGGAAGAUAAAGAAAUAUAAACAUAUAUGCUGUCUAUUCUUGGUAUUAUAGAAUAGUUAACAGGUAUUUUUUGUUUUUUUUUGUUUUUGCUGUGUCCGUCUCAGUUUGCUGUUUUGAGUGCUUUUGGUUACCCUGAAUCUGUUGGCUCUUCACUUAAAGCCCCAAUUAGGACUGCUGCACUUAAAGAUUUCUGAAUAACAGCUUAGCUGUAGAGAAUGGGUACAAUUACUGUGCUGUCUGUUGGUUAAUGUGUCAUAAGUCUGGGUCAUGACACUGUUUCAGCAGUUCAUAAUUGAGGCUUUAACGGUUGUGCUGACUGACCAGGUCAGAUAAAGCAUUCUGUGCUACCCUACACAGAUAUCAAACAGAAGGAACACUAUAUUCUUCAGCAUCUGGGAAUGUGAAGAGUCUUUGCCGACAGAAUAGAGUAACUAGCAGGAGGAAAUCUUUGGGAAAUUUGAUAACUUGAUUGCAGUGAUGGGUGAUGGCUGCUUACCUUUGCUCAGCCACUUCUUAUUGCUUGGGAGGGUUUUUUUCCCCUCCCCUAUCCCUUUGUCAGUUUCUCAGUUUUGAGUCUCUCAAUUCUCUCAGUCUGUUAGGCUCUGCCUGAUUAAGUGGAAAAGACUUACAUGAGCAUUUGAUGGUCAGGUCAGAUCAGAAUAGUGGCUGGUUCUGUCCAGUUUUACAGCGCUUAGUCAACUACACCUUGUUCUAUUCCUGUUGAAACACUGACUCUGAAAGGACCCCAAGUCUAGAAAGUGCAGCAAAAGAAGUGCAAGAGCCGACUAUCUGAAUUUCACCAACUUGCAUCCGUUUCACUAUGUAAGAUGCCCAACCUAUCUGUGCUCUGCAAAAGAUGGUCAUUUGUCUUUAUUAUUAUUAUUAUUAUUAUUUUUUUUUUUGGUCGCACUUGAAGUGUUUAGGUUUUUAUUUUGUGCAAUCAGUUCCUUUGUUCAGGAAUAGUGAUGGAUUUGAGAGUUUAUUUUGCAUAUGUUUUAUUUUUUUUUGUUUUUUUUGUCUUGAUAAUUUUGCUGUACAUAGUUGAUUUUAAAGAGGGUCUGGUGUAAUUCUUGUGCUGCCGUGCUGUCUUUUCUCAAACAACCAAAGUGUGUUAUUGUGAUUUUUCUGCUCAUUUGUGUUUUUUUUCGGUUCUGCAAAAAUAUCAAUAUGAACUAUUGUA